AUGGUUCAUGGAAGUGCCCUUUUCUCUUCGUCUUCUUUGGCGGAUGAUGAACGGAAUAAUAUGCAUAUUCCCCUCCUCUGGCAGUCGAAUGUCACCUGUGAGAAACUCUGCUACGAGGUGUGGUUGCGCCUUCUAGAGCUAACACUGUGCCUCGAGGGUCGUCAGAUGCCAUUGGCACGCCUAGACGGCCUCCCCUGGAGUUUUCUGCAGACCAUACCUGGGGAGGGGGACGGCAGCGGGAACCCUGUUGCGCCUGAGGCAAUUCGCGCUGUUCUACAGGGUCCGGAGUGUUUGUGCCUCAAUGACCGUUUAGCAAAGCGACUUGCCACUGGUUCACGCCAUAGGGAGAAGCGGCGGCCAAAAGGACGUUGCGAACACGGGACAAACAUGAACAACCAAGAGGAAAAUCCCCAAGAGGAUGAGGAUCGGCGUUCGUUGUACAAGAGGCGGUCAAUCCAGCGGCAUUCCUAUGACAUCCGUAUUACCAGACCGGCAACUGCACCUCCAAAGUGUGCCUCAAUGAGUGAUCGUUGCGCGAACGCUGGUGACCUUCAGUGCACCGACAUCUCAAACCCUACCGUCAAGACAAAGGCAGCUGUGGCAGACGGCUCGGUAGCAACGGGUGCUACGCAUCCUGCAAACACCCGAGUGGACGCCAUGACAUCAUCUGAGGACGAAAAUUCGUCCAAAAUGGACUCCUUGGAGAGCGCAGGCGAUGCCUGUCCGUGGCUCCACCGAGCUGGUAGUCUCCAGGAGACAAACAAAGACAACCUUGAGGGCUGUCUAUUUGGACCUGAGGAUGAGGAAGAGAGGUGUAGAGGACAGUGGACGCACCCAAAACAAAUCACCACCCAGUCCGGUCCCUUCUAUCUUCCUAAAAGGGAUCUUGAUUUCUCAACUGGACAGUUGGGCGUCUAUUUCAUUAUAAUUUCAUCUUUGUCUCCAAUCACCGUCCCUGCUCUUGAGCACAUGGUGAACAUCAUCGAUGUUAAAACAACACACAAUCAGCACGAGAGUUUAAAUUACAAUGCCUGGUCGUGGGAAUUUUUCAAGGCUGAUGAGGUCAAGAUCAGGAACCAUGCCCCAGAGUGCAUGAGUGAUCAGAAGGGAGAAAACACGUCGAAUAGACGACCGAAGAUGCAAAAUUGCUCUGGGAACGUCAGCACCCAGUAA